AUGUCUCAGGAAAAGAAGGGAAGCAGCAAGCGGAAGAGGCCCGAGACUGAAUCCUCAGAGGACGAGGGGGAGGAAGUGGGCAGGGAGGACGAGCUGGAGCUGGAGGAUCCUACAUCUCCCAUCGAUGCCACCGGCCUGGCGUUACCACCGACAGCAGACAUACUGGAAGUACCUGGGAACAAGCGAUCCCUGGAUGAUCUCCUUCGGGAGCUGCUGAAAUCAGCUGGGGUCGAUGACCAAUUCGACGCGAUGGCGAGAGGCCAGCAACCGCUCUUCACAGCUCCUGUAAUGGUUCCCACGAUGGCAGACUUCGCGGGGAUUGCUGCUGCGAUCGCAGCCCUGCCCGGGGCUGUGGCAGCCGUCGUGCCCGGGGCUGUAGCAGCAGCCAUGGCCCCCGUUGCUGCGCGCGUCGACAACAUUCGAAUCCGCUCCUACAACAAGCGCCAGCGGACCAUCCACCAAGCCCAUGGGGUUCAAGCUGGCAAUGGGGCAGGUUUGCCAGGCAUGCCUGCCCUCCCAGCUGGAGGCCCUGCAUCACUAGCCGUGGCAGCUGCAGUAGCAGCUGCUCCCCUGGCUGUCGGAGCCGUACCCCCGGCUGGAGCGUUUCCAGCAACCGAUGCCACUGUUGGUGGGAUGGGCCAUGCUGAGCUCCACAUCCUCAGCAUCAUCUACAACGAAACCUUCGACGUCCUUGCUGGCGACAAUCUUGGCCAGAGGAGGGACAAGUUCGGAGCUGGAUGUGUGAAUAAGAACCCAACAGAAGCAUCUUCAAUAAACAUGUAG